UGAAAGAAACAGUUUCUAUUUCUUUCUUGCCCUAAAACAGGGAAGAGGAGCAGCAGCACUUGCAAACCAUAUAUAUCCAGAGAGAGAGAGAGAGAGAGAGACAGAGAGACAGACACACAGAGAGAGAGACAGAGAGGUGAUAAUAUUAUUAUUAUUUUAGGAAAAAAAGAUUAUAGAUUCAUUAUUAUAUUCAUAUAUAUAUAGAGGAGAAAACACAGAAUGGGAAGAGGAAGAGUGGAGCUGAAGAGAAUAGAGAACAAGAUAAAUCGGCAGGUGACGUUUGCCAAGAGGAGGAAUGGGUUGCUGAAGAAGGCUUAUGAGCUUUCAGUUCUUUGUGAAGCAGAGGUUGCUCUCAUCAUCUUCUCCAAUCGUGGCAAGCUCUAUGAGUUCUGCAGCGGCUCUAGCAUGGCCAAAACACUUGAGAGGUAUCAAGCAUGCACUUAUGGAUCAAUGGAGACCAAUGGAGCAGGAAAAGACACAGAGAAUAGUUAUCAGGAUUAUGUGAGACUAAAAGCCAAAGUCGAAGUCUUACAACGUUCACAGAGGAAUCUUCUUGGCGAAGACUUGGAGGAUCUGGGCUCCAAGGAGCUAGAAAGGCUUGAGCAUCAGCUGGACUCAUCAUUGAGGCAAAUUUGGUCAAGCAAGAACCAAUUUAUGCAUAAUCAACUUGCUGAGCUUCAGAGGAAGGAAGAAAUGCUGCUAGAAGCCAACGAAGAAUUAAGGAAGAAGUUGGAGGAUUCAAAUGCUCACGUGCGACCACUGGAAGCUGGGUAUCAAGGCAUUGGCCCCCAGGCUGCUCCCACUGAGGGUUUUUUCGAACCUUUACGCUACAAUAGUACACUGCAACUAGGUUACAAUGCGGAGGCAACAGAUCAAGUGAAUGACGCAACUGCCACCCAACACAUUAACAACCAAUUGAACCCUGCAGGUUGGAUGCUUUGAUAGAUUUUGAAGUUAUAUAAACUGUACAAGUACUUGAACCAACAAAUUUAAAGAGUAAACUAGAACUUAUAUUGCAUGUGUAAGUGUAAGUAAGCAGAUUGUCUUCCUGUAUAAAUUCUUAUUGUUGUAACUUUGGAUUUUCCAAUAAACCCAGAUAUUCUUCAGAAAGCUUGAACUUGUUCGGCUCGUGUUAAAAUUAAUUAUGGCUUGAGAGAUUUGUAUUUUGGUGGAAGUUUCCUU